GCGGUGUCUCCUCCUAAAUGUCAGCAAUGCUAUCUCAUAUUUACCUUCUUCUCUUUACUUCUCUUCUACUAACUAACAGAGACACAGUACAAGGUCAAUACGACGGCGCUCUUAGGCUUUGGAGGAACGGCCAAACAUCUUUAGCUUAUACUUUUGGUAGAGUACAAGUGUAUUUAAAAGGACAGUGCGGUAACGUGUGCUGGAACUCCAAUGCCGACUCUGUUUUUACUAAACAAGAAGCUGACGUGACCUGUAGGAACUUGGGCUACAUUGGAUCCUCGUACUACUCAACAUCUAGCAACGACAAUUAUGGUGUGGAUCCUAGUCCUACUCUCAUGUAUAGAGUGCACUGUCCAUCGACUGAUAAUAGAUUAUUACUGAUGAGCUGCUCUCAUGAUACAGACACUAUCAGCUCACACUGCACUGAUGCCAAUGAUGUUGGUGUACUAUGCUAUUCUAGCAGAAUAUGGUUUGAUCCGUAUCCUGGUAUGGUGAGACUAUCAGGUGGUGAUUAUAUUAAUGAGGGCCUUGUUGAGGUAUAUUAUAAUGGUGUCUGGGGUAAGGUGUGCAACCUACUGUCUCAUGAUGCUAAUACUAUAUGCAAGCAGUUGGGGUACACCUCUUCUCCACUGAAUGCCACUGUAGUUGGUUUGCCUAGUCAAGUCCAUUGGUACAAUUCAUUGCAGUGUUCUUCAUUGAGUGAUUGUGUUCAUGAGUGUUCAUCACUUCCUACCAUUCCUGCUACUUGCUUUCAUAGUGCUUACAUUCACUGUGAGUAUUCUGCAGGAAACUCCAUCAAUAAUUUAUACUCCUGUGAUACCA